AUGUCCGAUUUCAGGUGGCUUAGACCCCUUGGAACGGACCCAUCCAGAAGGGAUCAUACUAAAAAAUGCGUCUACCACAAGGAGCAUGGCCAUACAACGGAGACAUACAUGAGCCUCCAGUAUUUAGUGGAAAGGCUUAUAAAGGCUGGACAUUUGAGGCAAUACCCCCGCUCAAACGCCAGAAAUAGAGACGCUUCCCGGAAUCACGACUCUGGAACCCCCACGGUUCCAGCCGCCCCUAAAGCCGUCAUAAACUACAUUAAUGGAGACCCAUCGGAUGAGGAAUACGACUCCAAACGAAAAAGACAGAAAUUGUUGCGGGAAGCAAUGGCGCGUGAGCGUAUCAACUCCAUUCGGCCUAGGGUAACUGGGGGGGCCCCCGCCCCAUAG